AUGGAUAUCCAAAUGCCAUAUUACCAACAAACAGAUCAUUUUGAACUAGCAAAUACCCCUUAUGAAAGUUUCUCUCAAGAUUCUACAAUCAUGAACACUACUACUACCUAUCCAAGUCAUGUUACAAUAAGUAGUGAUUAUCAGUAUUCCAAUUUAAGUCCUGAAAAUUCUUCUGGAAAUGGUGACCAUCAGUUGAGCCCUAAAACUAGUACUAUAUCAAAACCAGUGAGAAGGAGAUCAAGAGCUUCCAAGAAAACUCCUACUACUCUUGUUAAUGCCAGCAUAUCGAAUUUUCGAGCAGUUGUACAACAAUACACUGGUUGUCACACUUCUCCAAUCAAGAACCAAAGGGGUCCUAUUAACUUAAGUUUUGGACCACAAACAGAUGAUUUUCUUGAAAGUUCAAUAGGGGAGGGUUCUCAUUACUCUCAUGUCGAAGCUGCUAAUAAGGAACAAAAGCAAGAAUAUUUUCAAGAGAGUGGUUCUCCUGUAGAUUAUGGAUAUAGUAACUCUGGAAAUAGUAGAUUAAGUGUUGAAGAUUAUGGAUGUCAGUGA